CUUCCGUAAACACAAGACCUCGGAAAUGUUGAAACCGUAUGCCAGGUUUUUUGUUAAAACUAAUUUUUAUUGUCAUUUAUGCAUCGUGAAUUUGUACGAUGUCUCAUUCAGAUUCUUUCUUGACGAGCUCCAUCAUCAUUAAAGAGCCUUGUGUGGAAGAAAAGACUGACGAUGGCUCUGCUGAUACAAGUCCCCAAUGUGUAAGCAGUGAUCGCAGCAGUCCAGACCGGUGCUUAAGAGACCGAGUGUUAAAGGAGGUAGGACUCACCAGCACAGCCUUUAUUGGGCCAGCAUUUCCCCCUGAAACGUCCACAGCCAAAUGUGACUUGGAUGACUCACUGGUUAAGUUUUAUGAAGAACUUGAGAAGAUUGAUACACCGGAUCAGGCUAAGAGUGACCCAGAGAAACAUGAUGUUCAGCAGUCUCCUGGACUACCUGCCAGCAAAGAGACUCAGGAUGAACCAGAGGGUAAACUUCUUAUCACAAGGACUUCUGCAGAAACAAACAGCUACCAGAAUAAUGGGGAACAGACAAAGUCCUCCUGGCCUCAUUGGUAUCAAAAUGAACCGUACCAACUCAAACAACAGAGACACGCUGGUUAUCCUCCAUCAUCAGACAGGCCACCAAACUCGAGAUUUCCCACACCACCUUUCUCUCACCAGCCACAUCAGUCUGCCUACCCAAGUCCUCAAAACCUGCCACCUUAUAUCAACAACACAUUGAACAAUUCUAAAAUGACAGACCAGUAUAGCAGUGAGUUUGAUCUUCCAGCACUUCCACCUCCAGAUAUAUGCUUUCACCCCUCUCAGGGCUUUUAUGGAAUUCCUCCUCAGCACUUUGGUCAGAGUGACAAAGACUCAAAUAAUGUAACUGGAGGGUGGUCUAGGCAUAGAGGAGAAGAAUGGUGUUUGUGGGAUGAGAACUACGACAUGCAUCAAAGGUUUGCGUCAGUAAAUGAACAGUGGAAGCAACAGCAUUACUAUCAAUUUCACAAUUAUACGAACAAAGUACCUUCCUCCUUGGAGCUAAUUUUAAUGCGGGGAUUACCAGGAUCUGGGAAAACCACUUUGGCAAGGAAGCUGCUCUCCAACAGUCCUAGUGGGGUCAUUCUGAGCACAGAUGAUUACUUUGCCCAGAAAAAUGGAUACCGCUAUGAUGUAGGGCUUCUUGGGGCAGCACAUGAAUGGAACCAAUGGAGAGCUAAAGAUGCCCUGCAAGAUGGCUGCUCUCCCAUUAUAAUUGACAACACAAACCUCCAAGCCUGGGAAAUGAAGCCAUAUGUCAAAAUGGCCUUAGAUCGAGGUUACAAGGUGGACUUCUGUGAACCUGACACCGGCUGGAAGUUUGAUCCGUAUGAGCUGGAGAAGCGGAACAAACAUGGUGUUCCUCAUGAGAAGAUUGCACAGAUGAUGGAUCGAUUUUCAGCCCCCGUUUCUGUAGACAUCGUCAUGAAUUCACAAGAACCAGCUCAUGUGAACUCGAGGCGUCGAGCCGAGCAGCCGCAGAUCAGGAAAACACAAACUUUUCUUUAGUUGGAUUAAUAGAUUUAUCAAAUAACUGCACUUAAAGACCUACACAUUUGUACUUUUGUACGUAGUACUGCAAUUAAUACAGUUUAAUUUAUUAAUGACAUUUUUUGUAAAAUUUAUAAAACAAAAGAAGAAAAUUUUCUGAAACUGUCACAUUUUUAAAUGGGUUUAUUGUUUAAAAAACAUCCAAACAUCUUUUGUAUUUUGCCUGUAAUGAUUGGUGUUUAAAGCCGUUUUCUGUAUUCUUUUAUGCAACUAGAUUAAAAAUCAAAAGGUUGCUCUCUUUUCAUA